CAGUUCCUCUUCUCUUCUCUUACCGCCGCCGCCGCCGGAGGAGUGAGCAGCAGCGUGAGUCGUCGGCGGGGACGGAGGGGCCGGAGAUGGGGUUCGAGUCGUCGGCGGAGACGGAGCGGUUCCUGUGCGAGCGGCUGCUGGACGCGGCGCAGCCCAUCGCGGAGCGCUUCCGCGCGCUCUUCUCCCUCCGCAACCUCCGCGGCGACGGCCCCCGCCGCGCCCUCCUCCAAGCUGCAAGGGAUCCUUCCAACUUGCUUGCACAUGAGGCUGCAUUUGCACUUGGACAAAUGCAGGACGCUGAGGCUAUCCCUGCAUUAGAGGGAGUUCUCAAGGAUCUUUCACUGCAUCCAAUUGUCCGCCAUGAGGCUGCUGAAGCCCUUGGAGCUAUUGGCUUGGAAAAGAGCAUUUCCCUGUUAAAAGAGAGUUUAGUAGCUGAUCCUGCCGUGGAGGUGCAAGAAACGUGUGAGUUGGCUCUUAGACGGAUAGAAGGGCAGAAGAAUGCUAGUGGCGCUGAAAGCACAACAAUUUCGCCUUAUCUAUCAGUUGAUCCAGCACUGCCUGCCAAGCAAGGACUCUCAGUAGAACAACUAAGGGAGCUUCUCCUCAAUGAGCAAGAAAAGAUGUAUGAACGUUAUGCAGCUCUUUUUGCGCUUAGGAAUGAUGGCGGAGAUUAUGCUGUUUCUGCUAUCCUUGAAUCUCUAGGUGUGAAAAGUGCUCUUCUGCGCCACGAGGUCGCUUAUGUGUUAGGUCAGCUGCAGAACAAAGCAGCUUCAGAUGCACUUUCUGGUGUUCUCCAGAAUGUUGAUGAGCACCCAAUGGUCAGGCAUGAAGCUGCCGAGGCCCUUGGUUCGAUUGCAGAUCAAGAAAGCAUUGCACUUCUAGAGCAAUUCGCCAAGGACCCCGAGCCCAUCGUCUCCCAGAGCUGUGAGGUAGCUCUCAGCAUGCUUGAGUACGAAAGGUCGGGGAAGUCAUUCGAGUUCCUGUUCCUACAGACUCCUCAGGUACAGCAGGAGUCCUGAGCUCAGCCAGGUCCAGGACAAGAAGGGUGAUUGCCCAGGCCCCGGGGAAAAUAUAGGCCUAAUAUCAUUAGAUUCUAAUAUGCGUAUGGGCUAAAUAUACACAUUGACUUAGCAUGCAUCUGUAAUCUCAAGUUGGCCUCCACACGGAUUGUAUUCGACUGGCGAGUACUGUAGAAUUUUGGUCUUAUGUUUGAUAUUACUGCUUGCAUGAUGCAUGGCAUGCAGUUGUAUUCGAUGAGGCGCAAAGAACACACUGAGCAGGGGGUUCGAUAUGAAAGGCUUCCCUUUUGUUGCUUCUUUUU